AUGGCGCAACCGGAGAUCCACAAUGGAGGUGCUGAGAAGGCUGAGGUGGUGGUCUCCUUCACCGCCGUCAAGCCUCAGCUGGUGGUGGAGGCACCUAAGGCUAGCGAAGCUGUCCAGUUCUACAAGGAGGCUUUCGGAGCUGUGGAGACUGGCCGCACCACGCACCCCAAGCGGAAGGCGGAACAGGAGCUCCCUCAGAUCAUCUCCGCUCAGCUUCAGCUCGCCGGUUCCACCAUUCUCGUCUCUGAUCUCGCAGACGAUUCCGCUCCUGUGAAGGGCGUGGGAAGUGGACUGUCACUCUGCCUGGAGACACAGGACGUGGAGGCAGCUGUCGCCAAGGCGGUGGCCGCCGGAGCUGUGGCGGAGGGGGAGAUCGCGGAAUCUGAUGGCGCGUGCUGCGGUGGGCGCGUGGGUAAGGUGAAGGAUCCUUAUGGUUUCGUUUGGAUGAUUUGCUCACCCUCGGCGGCAGCGAAGUGUGGUGAUGCUGGCGUGGAGGCUUGA